AUGGUCUUCGUGGGCAAGGAGUUCACCAUGCAGACCAAGAGCCUUCUCACAGCCAUCGUGAACAUUCCUAAAGCCCACCGGACUUUCUGCAAGAAGUGUGGCAAGCACCAGCCCCACAAAGUGACACAGUACAAGAAAGGCAAAGAUUCUCUUUAUGCCCAGGGACAGCGGUGUUAUGACAGGAAGCAGAAUGGCUAUGGUGGGCAGACUAAGCCGAUUUUCCAGAAAAAGGCUGAAACUACAAAGAAGAUUGUGCUGAGGCUUGAAUGUGUUGAGCCCAACUGCAGAUUUAAGAGAAUGCUGGCUAUUAAGAGAUGCAAGCAUUUUGAACUGGGAGGAGAUAAGAAGAGAAAGGGCCAAGUGAUCUAG